AUGGCCCAGGACCACAUGAGACUGUGCAGCGCGGACUGCGGCUGGGGGGCUGGCUCCCGGGGCCUGACCGAGCACGCGCACCUGGGGCCUCCGGAGCUGCUGCUGCUGGCGCUCGGCGCGCUCGGCUGGACCGUGCUGCGCUCAGCGGCCACCACGCGCCUCUUUCGGCCCCUGGCCAAGCGGUGCCGCCUCCAGCCUAGAGAUGCCGCCAAGAUGCCUGAGAGCGCCUGGAAGUUCCUCUUCUACCUGGGCACCUGGAGCUACAGUGCCUACCUGCUCUUCGGCACUGACUACCCCUUCUUCCACGACCCGCCCUCUGUCUUCUAUGACUGGACACCAGGCAUGGCAGUGCCUCGGGACAUCGCGGCCGCCUAUCUGCUGCAGGGAAGCUUCUACGGCCAUUCCAUCUACGCCACGCUGUACAUGGACGCCUGGCGCAAGGACUCAGUGGUCAUGCUCGUCCACCACGUGGUCACCCUGGUCCUCAUUGUCUCCUCCUAUGCCUUCCGGUGA